AUGACAACGGCCAAGGGCUCUACCAGUAGCUCUGUUCAGUCAACGGGAAAAAGCAACAACAACAAUGACAACUUGCUAGCGUCUACAGCCAAGGGCGCUUACUAUCUCGUGCUGUUACAGUUCUCUUCACGCAUGUUGACAUUCGGCCUCCAUCAGAUUGUACUUCGUUAUACCACAGCAGAAACACUCGGCAUUGCUUCAGUCAAGCUUGAGUUAUUAUUGUCAACCAUUCUCUUUAUUUCACGCGAGGGAUUUCGAUGUGCAUUGCUACGAGGUGGAAGCGAGGAGAGUAGUGACAAUGACAAGGAGCAGGAGGAGGAAGAGCAAAAGGUCACCAACCUUGCCUAUAUUCCUACAGCUCUUGGAUUGAUAACGACGUUGUUGGCAUGUGGAUACUAUCUAUCAACCAUUGAUGAUGCGACUUCAUUGAAGUAUCCUUAUUAUCGUACCUCCGUGAUUCUUUUUGGUGCAGCAGCAUUUGCAGAGUUGCUUGUGGAACCUCUUUUUAUCCUCGCCAUGAAUCGGCUGUACUUUUCGUUACGUGUCUCGGUGGAAGGUGUCGCUGUAUUGGUUCGAUGCUUUAUUACAUUCGGCAUGACACUACUUGGAGCAACAUCAUCACACAAUGCCUAUGGUGUACUUGCCUUUGCUGUUGCACAAAUGGCAUUUGGAUUGAUCAUGAUGUUUGGAUACUUUGCUUUCUUUUUCAACAAGGUGCGAUCACAACAAAUGAAGACAAGUGCAUUAUUCCCACAGAGACUCAAGGCAUCGAAUGGAAGGUUUUAUUACUUUGAUAAGACGAUGCUCAACCUGGCGUCUACAUUGACCAAGCAAUCUUUGCUCAAACAUGUGUUGACGGAAGGAGACAAGAUGCUGAUCUCUGCUAUAUGCUCCGAUAAUGACCAAGGGAUCUAUGCUUUUGUUGUCAAUUAUGGAUCUCUUAUUGUGCGUAUUUUAUUUCAACCGCUUGAAGAAACCACCCGUACGCUCUUUUCAAAGCUUCUCAGUAACGGGGAAAAGAACAAAUCCAGUAUGCAAACAGCUGCCAAUGUGCUCUUGAUGACGCUUCGUGGCCAUAUUUUACUCGGCUUACUUUUUACGUGCUUUGCCACCAACUAUACAGCAACAUUGAUCGAUUUACUUGUGGGAAAAGAGUGGUCAGUGCAUCGAAAUGCUCCAGCAGUGCUGUCAGUGUAUUGCAUGUAUGUGCCAAUCAUGGGCGUCAAUGGCGUGACCGAAGGAUUCGUGCAAGCCGUGGCUACCAAAAAGGACUUGUCCCGCUUGAGUUAUUACAUGAUUGGAUUUUCGGCAUGUUUUAUGGUGGCUGGAUACUUUUUCAUGCACGUAUUGGAUUUGGGUGCCAUUGGUUUGGUCCUCGCCAAUAUGGUCAACUUGUCUAUUCGCAUCGCCUACAGCUGGAAUUACAUCUCGUGCUAUUUCGGUGAUACGAUCCCUCAGCUACGGAUACGAAGCUGGUUCCCAAGCAAGCUCACCAUGGCGGCUUUUAUGGUUGCGUGGGGUGUCACUCGAUGGUCCGAGCAAAUGGUGGGUUGGGAUACGUUACAACAAAAGGCGAUCCAUAUUGGCAUUGGUGGAUUAUGCGCAUUGAUCGUUGCCGGUAUAACGGUCUGGAAGGAAAAGGCGUGGAUGCAUGACAUGAAGCAACUUGCCAGGUCACGCAAAAAGGAGGAUUAA